UGUGCAUGCAUUCCUAAUAUAUAUUAUCAUUUAGGAAUUUCUAUCUUUAAUUGAAGAGGAAAUAAUGUAUGCAUGCAUUCAUGUUAGCAUAUAUCUUCUCUAUAAAACCAUGAUUUCCAAAUAAUGUCAAAUGGAUUAUAAGUAAUGUAAGUAAGUGUUAGAAUAAGGGACUAAAAGCAUUGUGCAUAAAUAUGUAAAAACUAUAAACAUAAAACAUGUACAGAGUAUUUAUACAAAAUAUUUAGUAGUUGUUGACAACUCCAAUAUACAUAUAUAGAGUUAUUCAAAAUAUAGUUGAUCCUAUUUUACUGAUGUACUUUAAAGAAUAUAGUGCUUUGACUACUGAGUAGUGAUUGGCAGCUAGAUCCUUCCAACCCAUCUGAAUAUAGUGCUUUGACUACCGAGCAGUGGUUGGCAGCUCGAUCCUUCCAACCCAUCUCAUCCGGAAGGAAUACGUGAACAAUGCUGCAUCCCUCUGUUUGUAAUGAUAAUCUGAGUUGGGAAGGAAGCCUUUCACCAGCCUAAUGUAAAAAUAAGUCCAAGCAAAUAAGGAGUAAAAUAAUUGCGACAUGCUGUGCAAAGAUAAGAUGCUAAACGACAUACGUUGUUUGAUCCAAAAGCGCUAGUGGCAAUUCUCGAUGAGGCACCACAAACAGGACGCCAGGACUAGACUCCGCCGUCCGUCAGCCGCUUGUCUCUCUCUCCGCGGUGCUCCCUCUCAUCUCUCUCCUCGCUUGUCUCUCUCUCCUCCUCGCUGCUCCCUCAUCUCCCUCGCUCAUCUCUCUCUCCUCGCUGCCCUCUCUCUCAUCGCUGCUCUGCUCUCUUCCCUUGUUGCUCAUGUCAAUGCCCCAUCUCGAUCUCCCCCCACCCACCCUUCAAGGCGGCCUGAAUCUUCAGGGCAGCUGCAUUCACCUCCUUUGGCUUUUGAAGGAGCUCGUUCUUCUGCAAGUCAUCCUUACCCAUCUGCAGGAGUUCAUAGGUCCACAGAGUCUCGUUCUACUUGGGAUGAUGGGCAGAGAUCCUCCUUUAAGAAUUAUGAUACCCAAGCACAUCAAAGGCCACCUGCUGUCACAUCAUUUAUUGUUUCUCGUAAUUCUGGAACUAGUGUUACUGCCAAGGUGCCCAGAUUCCAAGACACUAAGGGGAUCAGUUCGCCACCCUUUCUGUCUAAAGAUGUCAAUUUUAGAAAUUCCACUCAAGGUGCCCGGAAAGUUUAAUUCCUUUCUUUCUUGUUAGUUUUUUCAUUUUGUUGUCUGUGUUUGAUCUUGAUGAAUUUGCACUUAUUUACAUAAACUGCAUUAUGCCAACCUAGUGACUCUAGCUGUCAGAAGUGUGCUUACUUUUCUGCGAAUGAAACUGUAUUAUAUGACUGCAAACCUUUUAUUUGGCCAGUGUAUCAACUUUAGUGAUAUGAUCUAUGCUCGUUAUAUUGA